AAGGCGCCUCCGCUCUGCCUGUCUUAUUGUUUCGUGUGCCAGCUGCAAGGGGUCUUUCCCUAAGGCUCAUGUUUGCUGACUAACGAUGCCUAUAUGAUUUGAAGCGGGGGCAGGGCAUCUAGUCCGGGUGCGGGCUCGAACAGCCUUUCUGCCAUAUGUUGCCUCUUGAAGUUCUGAAAGUUAUAAUCAGUAGGAUUUGGGAUGCAGUUUUAUGCAUUCACCUGCAAGUAAGGCCCAUUGAAUUUGGUGGAGCUCACUUCUGGAUGCACAGGCAUAGCUGGGUCGCGCUGCUGCAUUUCUACUUAACACUGAAGCAAUUCCCCGAAUAAAACCAUAGAAUUCUUCGACGUGGCUGUGGAGCAGUAUUCAUUAUAUGGCAGGCCUGGCAGUAUCCUAACAGUCUACCAAUGGAAUCAGAAGCUAAAGAAGGAGAUGAAGAGAGUCUGCAAACAGCUUUCAAAAAGCUGAGAGUGGAUCCAGCUGGAUCUUCCACACCUGUAAGUGAAGGAACGGGACUCAGAGCUCCAGUCAGGGCAGCUGUCGAUGGAGGCAGGCAUCCAACUGUCUGCUCAAGAGAGACCUGGCAUGGGUGUGCAAGGAAGCCCUUGAGAGGGUCAACGAGGCCCCAGCGCCGCCGGCGUUCCAAAUCCCCUGUCCUGCAUCCUCCCAAGUUUACAUACUGCAGCAUGAAAGCAUCUUCUGCAAGUAGCCAACUGAAACACAAAAGCCAGAUGGAUGCUUUAAAGAGCAAAGUCAGUCCAGACCCUGGUGUCACAGAAGAGCUGUAUUUUGGAGGAAAGCGAUGCCCCCUCUUUGACAACGGCAACUGCCGGAGAGCUAGAGCAGAGCACCAGAGCACUUGCACAAGUGAGCAGCCUUUGGAGAAUUUGGUGAAGAGUUGUCCUGCUUUUUCUUUGGCCUUUGAAACCAGCCCAGAUCCCAGCCAACCUUCAGAUUUCCAGUCAUUAUCCAAGCUGAGUUUCGAGAAGCAAUGCCCUUGUGUGGACAAGGAAUGCCAGUGCAAACGAUGGCAAGCUAUAGAAGCCUACUCCUUCUCUGGCUUGCGGAAUGUCCUCUCGGAAUGUGAAAAGGCUGUCAUGGAGGUGCGUUCACAGUCACUGCCGAACAGGGCACCUUCUGGUUUGGGUUCUUCAGGCUCUGCCCGGUCUUGUUCGGAGCAAGCUCGAGUCUUUGUGGAUGAUGUGACUAUUGAAGAUCUUUCAGGGUACAUGGAGUAUUACUUGUAUAUCCCCAAGAAAAUGUCCCACAUGGCAGAGAUGAUGUACACUUGACAUGAGAAUCAUGGGUUGGAAAUUCAGUGGUGGUAGUGAGAUGUUCCCUCAGUGCCAUAGUUGGAAAUGUAUCCAUUGUCAUUGCUGCGUGUUUGAUCAAAUGUUUAUUUGCGCCAUACAGUGUAGUUUUUUAAUAAAGUGAAAAAGAUACUA